CCCAGACUCUGGAUGCAGCGAGGCGCGCACACACCGGCAGCUUGUCUCAGCUUCCGUAUCGCUCUCACUUCUGCAUCUCUGACCCUCCCCGCAGCCUUCAGCCUAGGAUUUUAGCCCACCUGCUGUGUGGAUCAUCGCCAAAAUGUCGGACAAGCCAGACAUGACCGAGAUCGCUCGCUUUGACAAGACAAAGCUGAAGAAGACGGAGACAAAAGAGAAGAACCCUCUUCCCACCAAAGAGACCAUUGAGCAGGAGAGGAAAGGCGAUGCCACACCUUGACGUGAGCACAUGAAGAAAAGGAGCUGAGAUGCCACAGAAAAAAAGCACUUUCUUUUGAUUAUCCCAGUAUUUGAAUCACCUACAUUGUCUUCAGAAAAGGGUGCUCUCUGAGCUCCCUGGGGUGCUAACAGGAUAUUUUGGCAUCCUAACAUGGGGGCUCUCUUACAAAUCACACACACAAAAAAAAAAUGUCAGCCUGGGUGCCUGUCUUGUGCUGUUAGCUUGUAGCUAACAUGUCUCCAGUAUUGCCAAACUAGGGUGGGGGUGAAGUGAUGUAGCACAGGGAGAGAGACAGGCAUUCAGGCUGGAAAGUUGCAUUGGGGGUGGGGUUUGUCUGUGGACACAGGGGCAACUGAAGUCAACUCAUGUGGGCUUUUUUCUUAAACUUUUUACUUUUCUUUAUGUAAUAAACAUGAAGACAUGGACA